UCGCCGAUGUCAAGCGUCGCGGUCUCCGCGAGUGCGCUAGCGCAGAAUACCGCACGUCGCGACACUGGCCGCACGAGAGCGCUGCGUACCUCAAGUCGGCCACCGCACAUACAUCGCAACAAAAAGUUAUUAAAACCAGUGUACAUUAAGUGUCUGGACGUGCAAACCACCCACCGGAUUAAAACUUCAGGAUCAGGACUAGACUUCAGAAAUGGCGCUCUACCAGUCAUGUUUAUUUCUCACAGUUUUAGGUAUUGGACUAUGCCACAGCCAGAGCACAGACACACUGGAUACUACAAGAUUAGAAGAGAACACUCUUCCCAGUCUGGGGAAAGAAAUAGAAGACAACAGCCGAUACAAAACACUCGAAGCGAACGCCACGCUUUGGAAGCUUCUUGUAAACGACAAACAAGGAGUUAGCAAGUCGGAAGUAUUCGAUAUGCUACAUUCCCGAGAUGAAAACCAGGAUCACAUAGACCUGCCUGUAUUUCCAGAAGACAAUGAAGAGUCAAGAGCAGAUGUAUCUGUAAGACCCGAUUCUCAGGUUGAACUUUUACAAGCUGAUGCGGCAACAGUUCGCAAAGACUCAAUGGGGGCUCGAUACACGGCAUGGAGAGGUGAGCCUUUCGGUAAAGCUGCAGGGAUCAUGGUUGUGAUCACGUGCAGUAUCGUAUGCCUCGGAUACACAGGCCUAAUAGUUUGGAGGAGAAUAUAUCUAAAAAGAAAUGGACUCAAGCAUGAAUUGCUCAGAAAUGAAGAAAACAUUGCUGAAACACGAAUUGAAUUGUGAGAACUUCCGCCGCUCCUGUUAUGCUUCAAGUAACGUGGUUACUUCGACGAAGGGACACGAAUGAGAUAGCUCUUCGUUCUACGUGAAAUACGUAAAAUCUACAGAAGUAUUUACUUCAGUAUAUUUUAAAUUAUAUUACAUUGAUCAUUAAUAAACAAGAUGAAACUGACAAAACUUCAGCCAAUCCGUAAAUUAAAUGACAAUAUUCAUUCAUUACAAAUAUAAUCAGAUUAUUUUAAAUUAUUAUUUAAGUACUAACUGCAAUUAGUAGAUACUAGUAUAUACCCGCGACUCCGUCUGUAAGAGCGAGAGCUAUUGAGUAACUGGAAAAAGUAGAAUAUAACUUCUGCAACAAAUAUCGUUACUUUUAUAUUUAUAUUAUAAUUUUAGUAAUAAGGUUUAAAAACAGUUUAUUAUUGAUCAAUGAUAAUAAUGUGACAGCCAGAUAUAUAAUUUGGACUGUUUUAUAAAUUCUGCUGUCAUUGUUGUGGUAUUCUAAUAUAAAUGAUUUUAGAUGAUUGAUAUAUGAUAAUCAUUAGUCUACGAACAAGUUAUAUUUCGUUUCAAGCGCGACCAACUAAAGACUGAAUUUAUUAGAUUUCCUACACAAUAGAAUUAUGAAAAGAACGUGGAGGUCCAUAGGUUCACUAU